GGGAAGGAGGAACCAAAGACAGGACUUCUUCUCUUGUUAAGCAGUGUAUUUUCCUGCUCAUUUCACUUUUUUAUUUUUUUUAUUGCAGCAGCUGACAGGGUGUUUUUCAUGUGAAAGAAAAAAAAGAGUUCAUGAUACUUGAAUUUUGCUUGCAUUCACUGAACAGCAAGCUUACAUUGGAAUCUGGAGAUGUCGGGAGAGGAGUGAACUGAACUUCUUAGGUGUCAAAACUAACAAGGAGAAGGCAGAAGGGACUAAGAAUAAACAACAUAUGAACAAUCUAUCUCAAAUAUCAGAUUUUUGAGCCAAUUUUACCAUAUUGACCAACUUAAAGAAGAUUUCUCAAAAGCUGCUUUCUGGUGCAGCAAUAAAAUCCUUUGAUCGAAGGAAGCACCAUUCUUGAAAAUGGGUGAUAAGCAUUUGCUGAAAAGCAGACUUUGCUUGUGCUUAAUAAUUCUGGCACACCUUCAACAUGCCACGGCUGAGGAACCCACACUGCAGACUAGAGGGGAAAAUGAAAAGCAAUCAGAUGAGACAUUGCUGCAGUCUGACGAAACACUUGAGCACCAUCAAAGAGUUAAGAGAGGCUGGGUCUGGAACCAGUUUUUUGUUCUGGAAGAGUACACAGGAUCGGAGCCUUUGUAUGUUGGUAAGCUUCAUUCAGACAUGGACAGAGGGGACGGCUCUAUCAAAUACAUCUUAUCAGGAGAAGGAGCUGGCACUAUGUUCACUAUAGAUGACGAUACUGGUGAUAUCCAUGCCACCCAGAGGCUGGAUAGGGAAGUGAAAGCUCAGUAUAUUCUACGGGCUCAGGCACUGCAACGUCGAACAGGCAUGCCCCUGGAACCCGAGUCAGAGUUCAUUGUUAAAAUCCAGGACAUUAAUGAUAACGAACCCCAGUUUCUGGAUGGGCCCUACACAGCGUCUGUACCCGAGAUGUCAGUGAUAGGUACCUCUGUUCUGCAAUUGACAGCUACAGAUGCAGAUGACCCCACUUAUGGCAACAGUGCCAGGGUUGUCUACAGUAUCCUACACGGACAGCCUUACUUUUCUGUGGAGCCCAGAACAGGCAUCAUCCGAGUGACUCUGCCAAACAUGGACAGGGAAGCCAAGGAGCAUUACGAAGUGAUUAUACAAGCCAAAGAUAUGGCCGGGCAGCUGGGAGGCUUAGCUGGGACUACGACUGUCAAUAUCACCCUUAGUGAUGUCAAUGAUAAUCCACCAAAAUUUGCACAGAAGCUGUACCAGAUGAGUGUGCCAGAGUCAUCCCCAGUUGGUUCCAUAGUAGGCCGGGUGAGGGCUAAGGACCUGGAUGAAGGAAUCAAUGCUGAAAUGAGAUACACCAUCAUUGAUGGGGACGGGAGAGACACGUUUGACAUCAGUACUGAUCCCACAAACCAAGUUGGCAUUAUAACCAUCAGAAAACCUCUAGAUUUUGAAGGUAAGAAGAGCUACACCUUAAAAGUAGAGGGAGCCAACACACAGCUGGACCACCGUUUCCUGAGGAUGGGUCCGUUCAGUGACGUGACCAUCAUACAUAUCAGUGUAGAGGAUGUAGACGAGCCCCCACAAUUUGAUUCCAAAUUCUAUUAUGUGGAGGUUCCUGAAGAUGUGGCGAUUGGUACCAUCUUCCAGACAGUCUCUGCCAAGGACCUAGAUGUAUCUAAUAACUCUGUGAGAUAUUCCAUUGAGAGGAACAGUGACCCAGGGAGAUACUUCUACAUCGACAUCACAUCAGGGGCUCUAAUGACUGCAAGGCCCUUGGACCGCGAAGAGGUCUCCUGGCACAACAUUACUGUUAUGGCUAUGGAAAUGAACAACCCCACACAAAUUGAAAGUGUGUCAGUCACUGUGAAAGUCAUAGAUGUCAACGACAACCCGCCAGAGCUGGCAAAGUACUAUGAAGCCUUUGUCUGUGAAAACACUAAAGCUGGACAGCUGAUUCAGACAGUAACUGCCGUGGACCUAGAUGACCCACUCGGAGGUCAACAUUUCUACUAUAGCCUGGCACCUGAGGCAGCUAACAACCCAAACUUCACACUCAGAGACAACCAAGACAACACAGCCUGGAUAGUGACCCGGCGAGGAGGUUUCAGCCAGAAAGAAUGGAGUAUUUAUUACCUACCAAUACUCAUAUCAGAUGGGGAACAGCCUGUGCAUAGCAGUACCAGUACCCUGACAAUCCGAGUGUGUAGCUGUGACACAGAAGGGAAUGUCAUGUCAUGCACUGCUGAGGCCUACACACUUCCUGUUAGCCUAAGCAGAGGAGCUCUCAUUGCAAUUCUAGCCUGCAUUUUUGUGUUACUCGUGAUGAUCCUGCUCAUCCUGUCCCUGCGGAGCCAGAGGAAGAAGCCCUACCUGACAGACGCGGAGGAGAAUGUACACGAGAACAUUGUGCGCUAUGAUGAUGAAGGUGGUGGAGAGCAGGACACUGAGGCCUUUGACAUUGCCGCCAUGUGGAACCCGAGAGAAUCCCAGGUGGUGAAGUUCAGACAGGACAUGGUGCCAGAGAUUGAGAGCCUGUCCCGCUAUGUGCCUCAGAACUACAUGGGGGACAGUAACGUUCACGGCUACGUGCUGGCCAAGCUGUAUGAGGCCGAUGUGGACCCCUGCGCGCCCCCCUACGACUCCCUACAGACCUAUGCCUAUGAAGGAGAGGGGUCCGUGGCGGAUUCUCUCAGCUCCCUGCAGUCUGUCACCACGAACACCGACCAUGACUAUGACUAUCUCAGCGACUGGGGGCCCCGCUUUAAAAAACUGUCUGACAUGUAUGGGGUUUCGGAGAUGGACAAUGCUUUAUGGUAGCCAUUUAGACUGUGGAACUAGUACUACAGUAUUUCACAAACACCAUGCGCACUGAACAGAAACUGUGCCCUUCUCUAAGGAGAACAAACUCCUGUGCAAAAAAAUAAAAAUAACAUGUCCUUCUGUAAAGCUCAUUCACACUAACCUGGCAUUUUGGAUACAGAAGAACUUAGCAGUGUGCUGCUAAGGUAUUUUAAGUAUUGUGUUUGAUUAUAAGAAAGAUCGCAUAUUACUGGCCUAGGCGGCCCAUUCUGUAAAUUUAAAAUGGGACUUUGCGGCAAGAAUCCCUUAUGGAUUGUAAAGAAAACAUUACAUUUACACUUUUCUCACUGCCGGUGGUUUACAGCUUCAUGGUAAACAGUGCGGAUUCUAUGUACUUCCAAUAAUGUAUAUCUAUUUUUAGUUUGUUUUUUUUUAAAUUUAGGGAUGCAUAUACAUUUCCUGCUCAUAUUUAUUGAAAUACAGUAUUUAUAUUUUAUAUAAAUUAUUGGAAAUAUUAGAGGCUCAUUCCUGUGAUUUUCAAAAAAUGUAAAUGCUAUGGUUCCGCCUAAUUAUGAUGUAGCUGUGCAAGAUAAACAGGGUAAAUGAUGUGUAAAAAGCCUCCCACAUACUGAAACCUGACAGUUUGAGUACUGCUGGAAGUGCUUGUUUCUCUAGUUGUAAUGCAAGGAAUUACUUUUUUAGUGUACUGUAUUGCCUGGCUGCCUUCAACUUCCCUGUUUUUUUGUUUUUUUUUGUGACUAAGCAACCACAUAUUGUUUUUGUUAAGCAACCACAGGGCUCCCAUCUACUGAGCUACCCAUAGAGGUGUUUAAAUGAUUUGUAAAAAUGUUUAAACAUAGUUUUCAGAAAGUUUACACUCACCAUGAACUCAGUAAACCACUAGUUGUGUGCAGUGUAUAAAUGGGAUUAAUUCAAACGCAGGCCCUUGAGUUUAAAGGGAGGCAAAACAUGUACAUGAAUGACAUCAAUAGAAUGGCAUCUGACUUUAUCUGUGGAGUUAUCUUUGAGCCCUAAGUAGGAUGAGCUGGCUUUAUUCUGGACUGUACAGCUGUGAAACCAUUGAGGAUUUAAAACGGCAGUUAAUUUGAUGACCUGCCAGUGCCAAAUGCAAAGUAAACCUACAAGAGAAAGCCAAAUAUGGAAAGGAAAAAGUACGUCGUACAGUGAAGGAGGGCUCAGACCUGUUAUGUCUGUCUGAGCAAUGUUUACAGGGGAAACCUACUUGAAUUAUACACAGUAAGCAACAAUGUUACAGAUAUUUGAAUGUAUAUACAUAUAUAUUUUGUAUAUUUGGUAAUAAAUUUUUUUUUUUUGUAAA